UCCUGAAAUGAAUCUCUUUCUUUCUUUCUGUCUCUUCGAAGCAACGAGCUGUUCAUCUUGACCUAUCACAACGAAAUUGCCUAGAACUUUACUUCUUCUUCUUUCAACUCCCAGAAUCAAUCAAUUAAUACCCUAAUUUUACUGAAUCUCAUCUCAUCAUCUUCUCCCUGGAAUCCCCAAAUUCACACUUGAACUGAACCCAAUUUCCCCAAUCCAUCACUUCAAUUUGUAACUGUUCCAUUCACUACCCCAAAUGAAUUUGUCAAAACUGCAGUUAUCAUUGAAUUGCAGAUUUAGACUAGUUUCUGAAUCCAGGACAUAAUACAAAUUUGUGUGAACCCUCUGGAUCUCUAACCUAAGAUGGUUAAAAAAGGUUCUUCUUCUUCUUCCUUUGUAGUAAUUCUAUUGGUUCUUCUUGUAUUAGGAGUAGCAGAUGGAUCUGAUGAUGUUGUUCAAUUCAAGUUGAGGAAAUUGGUCGGAUUAAAACCAGACAGCAACAAUACAACAGCGAAUUCAACAACAACACAGAUUUCUCCAUCACCAGGACCAAUUCCUGCUGCAGUAGGAUCUAAUCAGACUGAUGUGAAUUCAAACGUUACUGUACCGAAGAGCCCACAAAUUCCAGUAGAGAAUACAACAAAUGUGGAUCAGAAUGAUACUGGUGCGGCGGCUGCGGCAGGUGGUGUGACUCAAGAAGGAAUUGAUGAGAAAUGUAGUGCGAAGUCAAACAAGUGCACGACGGAGCAGAAAGAUAUGAUUGCUUGUCUACUUCCAAUUGGUUUGCAAGAGUUUUUUCUUCUGGUGCAAAAUGAAGGAGAGAGCAAUCUGGAAGUAAAUAUUAGUGUCUCAGCUUCUGUGAAAGCGGACCUGAAGGAGCUGAAGAUACCAAAACACCGAGCCAAGAAGACAAGUGUAUCAGUAAUUGCUGAAGGAAUCUCAACAAUAAGUUUACAUGCUGGAAGUGGAGAAUGCGUUUUGCACACAGGACGUCCUGUAUCUCCCAAACCCAAAGCCAACUAUUUCCGUACAAUCACUCAAAUGCCUUUUUACACCACUCUUACCCAAAGCCCCAUCUAUGGUGCUUACUUUCUUUUUGUGGUAGCUCUGGUUAUUGGAGGGUCAUGGGCCUGCUGUAAGUUUGGCAAGCGGGACCAACAACAUGGUACAGGAGUCCCAUAUCAGGAGCUUGAGAUGACAUCUUCUUCAGUUGUUAAUGUGGAAUCUGCAGACGGUUGGGAUAACAGUUGGGAUGAUGACUGGGAUGAGGGUGAGGCAGUGAGGUCACCAGGGAGACAGCAAACAGGAAAUUUAUCUGCAAAUGGACUGACAUCAAGACCUCCUGGUAAGGAUGAGUGGGGAAACGAUUGGGAUGAUUAACGUAUUUUACCUGAUUUCACCUGAAACAAGUAAGGAAAACAGGCAAGACCAUCCUCCCAAAGAAAAUUACUAUUACAAAGAAACAGAAGAAACUUUGCUGCGUGACUGAUGUGAUCACUUAAAGAUGAAAACACAGUUUGGUGUAUACGAUAGUGUGUAAAUUGCGCCUCCUUUUUCUGAUGUUGGAAUUAUACGGAGGUAAUUUUGUUUUCAUUGUCUUUUUGCAAUUUUCUUUCAAGCCAGUAGUUGAAGUCGAUAUAGGUCAUAGAGAAUAUAUAGGUCAUCAAACAAUAAGUGUGGGUGGUUAGAUAUUAUUCUUUUGUUCUUUUUUUACAGGGAAAUCCAGGCAAGUUGCACUGCUCUGGUAAAAAUUAAAUGUGAAACUUUGUAAAAUAUGGUGAAUGGGAAUUUUUUACCAAGGUCUCUAUCUGCCAACUCCUCCUGCUAGCUAGCAGAAAGACUUGUAAUAAGUUAUGCUGGCCCAAAAGAUGGAAUUUCAGUUUAUGAGCUAA